AUGGCGUCCCGGCGAUUAGCUUUGAACCUCUCCCAGGGGCUGCGUGGCCGCGGUCUGAAUGCCGUCGCUCCUCUGAAGAGAGGCUUUGCGACCCCUGUGGUGAAAAAUGGCGUGAAGACGGAAUCAACAACGCUUUCCAAUGGCUUGACGGUUGCUACUGAGCACUCGCCCUGGGCGCAGACGUCGACGGUUGGUGUUUGGAUUGAUGCUGGGUCUCGCGCGGAAACGGACAGAACCAACGGCACAGCUCACUUCCUGGAGCAUCUUGCCUUCAAGGGCACCACCAACCGAACGCAACAUCAAUUAGAGCUCGAGAUCGAGAACAUGGGUGGCCACCUGAAUGCUUACACAUCACGUGAGAACACCGUGUACUACGCCAAGGCCUUCAACUCUGAUGUUCCGGCGACUGUCAACAUCCUCUCCGAUAUCCUCCAAAACUCGAAACUCGAGACCCAAGCGAUCGAGCGCGAGCGUGACGUGAUCCUGAGAGAAUCCGAAGAGGUUGACAAGCAACUGGAGGAGGUUGUGUUCGACCAUCUUCAUGCGACCGCUUUCCAAGGACAACCUCUGGGACGUACAAUCCUGGGUCCUGCCGAGAACAUCCAGAGCAUCCAAAGAGACGACCUGGUCAACUACAUCAAGACCAACUACACUGCCGAUCGAAUGGUCUUGGUCGGUGCGGGUGGCGUUCCCCACGAGCAGCUCGUUGAGCUUGCUGAGAAGCACUUCUCUGGCCUCCCAACGCAACCACCUACCAGCGCUGCCUCUGCCGUCGCUGCGGCCCAGAAGCGGAAGCCCGACUUCAUCGGCUCGGAGAUUCGAAUCCGUGAUGAUACCAUCCCUACUGCCAACAUUGCUAUUGCCGUGGAGGGUGUCAGCUGGAAGGAUGACGACUACUUCACUGCUCUGGUUACUCAAGCUAUUGUUGGUAACUGGGACAAGGCUAUGGGCAACGCUCCUCACGUUGGUAGCAAGCUCAGUGGAUUCGUCCACAAGAACGACCUCGCCAACAGCUUCAUGAGCUUCUCAACCAGCUACAGUGACACUGGUCUCUGGGGUAUCUACCUCGUCAGCGACAAGCUCACUCGCAUUGAUGAUCUCGUCCACUUCACCCUCCGCGAAUGGUCUCGCUUAUCAUACAAUGUCACCGAGGCCGAAGUCGAGCGUGCCAAGGCUCAACUGAAGGCAUCUAUUCUCCUUUCUCUCGACGGUACCACCGCCGUGGCCGAGGACAUCGGACGACAGAUCAUCACCACCGGCCGACGCAUGGGUCCAGAGGAGAUCGAGCGUGUUGUCAAUGCUAUCACUGAGAAGGAUGUAAUGAGCUUUGCUCAACGAAAGCUAUGGGAUCAGGAUAUCGUUAUCAGCGCCGUUGGCUCAAUCGACGGCCUCCUCGACUAUAACAGAAUUCGCAACGAUAUGUCGAGGAAUGCGUAG